GAUCUCUCUAGCCAGAAGAAGGAGGGCUGAUGUGAGUCGGAAUGAGAAAGUGAGGGAUGUGAGACGGUCGCGAAUGCUGGACAGGACCCGUGUGUGAAUAACCCGAGGAGCAAACACACUUUCCGCAAGCCAACCACCGAACCAGAGCGUUAACAUGGGGAAUCGCGUAGUUCGUGAAGAUUUCGAGUGGGUUUACACAGACCAGCCUCACGCCGACCGGAGGAAAGAGAUUCUCGCUAAAUACCCACAGAUUAAGUCUCUAAUGGGACCUGAUCACCGGCUGAAAUGGAUCGUCUGUACGAUGGUUGCCGUCCAGUUUUUGGCCUUCUAUUUGGUGAAGGACCUGUCCUGGAAAUGGGUCUUGUUCUGGACAUAUGCAUUUGGGAGUUGCAUGAACCAUUCAAUGACAUUAGCGAUUCACGAGAUCUCUCACAACACCGCUUUCGGGAACAUCCGCGCCAAGUGGAACCGCUGGUUCGCCAUUUUCGCCAAUCUGCCCAUCGGCUUGCCCUACUCGGCUUCGUUUAAGCGCUACCACCUGGACCACCAUCGAUAUUUGGGUGGAGACGGCGUGGACGUUGACAUCCCCACUGACUUCGAGGGCUGGUUCUUUUGCACCCGUCUCCGUAAGCUCAUCUGGAUAAUGUUCCAGCCGCUGUUUUACGCCAUUCGUCCCCUUUACAUCAACCCCAAACCCAUCAGUCACCUCGAGAUCAUGAACACGGCCAUACAGCUCGCGUUCAACGCCCUCCUCUACUGGUUCUGGGGCGCCAAGCCCUUGGUCUACAUGAUGAUGGGCUCUUUGUUAGGAAUGGGUCUCCAUCCCAUCUCAGGACACUUCAUCGCAGAGCAUUACAUGUUCCUCAAAGGCCACGAGACCUACUCCUACUACGGAUCCCUCAACCUGCUGACGUUUAACGUCGGCUACCACAACGAGCACCAUGACUUCCCUAGCAUUCCAGGACGCCGACUACCGAUGGUGAAGGAGAUCGCGGGCGAGUACUACAAAGAUCUUCCCUGUUACACGUCCUGGGUCAAAGUGCUUUACGACUUUAUCAUGGACGAUGAGCUGAGUCCGUACUCCCGUGUGAAAAGACGACUGAUAGGAGAGGUCAAACAAGAGUGACCUAGAGUUCACCCAUCCCUGACCACACACUGUCUCCAGAGUCCAGAAGCUUCCCGGCCGCUUCGUUUUUUGAAGAAUUUUAAUUGUGAACCAAAACGUCUAUUGCACAUGGUCUAAACAUUCAGACUCUUUUAUUCUAGUUUAGUGGAAUUUUCCUUUUUUACAUUUCAAUGCUAAUGUUUCUCUGCGCGGCAGAUUUUAAACAUUGUGAGAUUCGAUAGGUCAGCAGUUGAUGUAGCGCUACAUGCUGAUUCAGUGUUCUGCUUAUCUGUCCGCUCUCCUGUCAUAUUUAAUGAAUAACGCAGAGCGCACCUAUAGAUAUGUUCUUCCUGUUAUGGUAAUGCAUCAUAUCACAGUCUGCAGAUCUGCACCAUCAGAUCAUGGUCCAGUUCCUGUAACUCAACUCUUUUUAAUAGACGUGUGUUUGUGCCUCCAUUAUAGGAUAUUAUUUCAAUUACAGUUUUUCUCCGUCGCUUUGGUGCAUUUCUCACAUCACUAUAUUUACAUUUGCACAACAGUUAAUGCAGUUCUCAAAACAAUUAGUACAAACUGCAAAACUUAGUUGAUAACCUGCUAAAAGUGUGUCACUUGCUCAAAAUUGAUAAAUCAUUCCUCAAAAGCAAGUAUUCAUGUCAUUGAAAGUGUCAGUGUGGUCAAGAUGAAAAGUCCUAACACCAGUGUUUAUGAACAAGAUAGUCAAAUGGCUUUGUCAUGUUUUCAUUAUGAUAGUUUACUCUGUAAGUGUUUGACAAUGCAAAAAAAGUCAGAUCUUGGUGACACUACCUGAAAAUGCUCAAGACAGUCCGAUAAACUAUUUGCACAGCCAUUUGAAAACUACAGUGAAGUUUCACAUUACUGUAUUUAGUGAGGUACAGUAACUGAGUGCAAGACACUGAGUAUGUAUGUUUAUGUAAUAUUUUUUACUGCAUGCUCUUUGCAAUUCUAAUUUGUUCAGAGCAUUGUGCAAAAGAAAAAACACACCCUUAUUUACAACAAACAUAAACUCCCUUUGGGUGGAUCGGUGCACAACUGUAAAGUAAACAAUAUCACAGUACAUAUUGGAACAUACAACAUACAUAUACUGUAAAUCAUUCAUGCACAUCUCUUCUCAUCAGUGAAAGCUGAGAUUCACCUGCGAGAAAUUGUUCAAUUUAGGAUAAAAAAGGGGGGGUUUUUUAAAGAUAAAAAAAAAUUUCUUGACAGAUUUUGACAACUAGUUUAACAUUUUUGUAUGUGAUGACUCAAGCAAUGAAAUGAGGACUAUUAGUUUAUAUGGAAUGACUAUUCAGCAUUCACAAGUAUAGUUAAUUUGGACUGAUAUGACAUAAGCAUAUGAUAAUGCUAUAAAACAGCAGAGAGUUGUAUGAAAGCAAUUGAUGCAUGUCCAAAAGCAUUUGCAAUUUGUUGGAAGGAAUGAGAAACUGCUACUAUGAUGUGCACAAAUGAUUACAUGUUGUGGAGGUUGAACUAACUGUUGUGCAAAUGGAAAUAGUGAUGUGAGAAAUGCACCAAAGCGACUGAGAAAAACUGUAAACAGGAAAACCGUUGCAAAUGCACACUUUGGCUAACAGUGAAGUACAGAGCUGUCUGUAAACAUUUAUAUGUUUAUAUAUAUAUAUAUAUAUAUCAAAUUAACUAAAAUGCCUUAAUAAAUUAGACGCCUGUCAAACUAA